AUGUCGGAGGGAAGAUAUUACCCAUCUACAGUUACAAGCUCUAAUGGGCAGCUUGUGGAUUUAUCAACGCGGAGAAGCUUGACUGCGGUUUUGCCUCACAAUGAUUCCAUAGUCGAGUCAGUCGUCUCGCGAGCAGCCAAAUUCCAGGGAUUUCUUCCCACAUCCAAUUUUGAGUCUAUCCAGGCGACUAGCUAUGUGGCCGGCGGGGAAUUCCUUCCCCACUAUGACAUUGCGACACCAGAGCCUAUCUAUACCCACCCAAACGAAAGCCGCAGCUCGAACAGGACAGACAGAGCUACCACCAUCUUCGCCAUACUAGACGAGAGCUGCGGGAGCAAGUGCGGCACUAUGUUUCCCAGGAUCAAGAUCAACUGGACGAACCAAGAUGGUACAUGGUGUGAUUAUGUGGAUUGUGACUCAGAGACACUCACUAUUAAGCCGAAGCCUGGUAACGCUAUCUUCUGGAGAAACCGGAGAGACGACAACUCUAUCCACCCUAACUCUCUUCACGCUGGGUUGCCCUUACAUAAGGGAACAAAGUUAGGUAUAAAUAUCUGGGCUAAAGAUGCAUAA